GCCAAUGAGAGCUUCCGUUGCUUAAUCCCUGGCGGUAAAACCGGGCUGUGAUUGGUCAGAGUGCUUCGCGUGUGGUAGAAAAUGGAAGCUUCCGUAGAAUACCUACCUGUGGUUCCUGGAUUAGAAAACGAGAGAUCCAGAGAGGAUUAAUGCCUGGAAGUAGACAGGUGUGGGAAGGCGUUGUCAAGACCAGGCCCCGACGGAAGCAUGCACCACCACUCCGCUCUGGUGUGAGCAUGCGAGCAGUGACUAGGGAAAGAGUGAGCGUAGAGAAAAACCUCAGUUAUAGAUCCGGCGGAGGGCGCGAAUCUUGAAAGUGAACAAUGCGGUCUGUUGAUUCUCUGCCUUGGGCACAAAGGGUGUCUGGAACAUAACUUGAAAAAAUCGUGACUUCGUCCCUCGCCACGGAUUAUGAGCGCAGAGAAGCAGGCAAAUGCAGUGGCAUCGUAUUUCUGGCACGUAAACACGAGGAGGGCCGAGUCAGGUGGUGGCGGUGGCGGGCGCCGCGUGGACCCCGGGCGCCACGAUGUAUAGCUUCGAGGCGUUGAAGAGCGUGAGGACAUUCCCAAGGAGCGGCUGUCCGGGAGAGGCGAGGAUGGGAGCUCUCCCGGGCCUCGGGCCGAAGAGUGCGUGCCUGCGCUGCUGUCAGCUCAGGAGGAAGCAGCGCCUCCUGGCUGUCCUGACAGCCUCCACGGGCUUCUCCCUCCUGCUGCUGCUCCUCCACACAGCCUCCGUCCUCCCCAGCAGAAAGGGCUUGUUUGACGGGACCAAGGAGCUGCCCGAGAGGUCGAACUACGUCAGGGCUGACAUCGCCUUCCGUGAGUCGGUGGGAGUGAGGGCCGCUGCCCGGCAGGAGCUGCACUGGCCCGCUACCACCCAGGACUCCGCCAGAGCACCCGUCAGGAGGCGAAAUGUGAGUAAGCGCGAGAGACGAUGGGAGGGGAGUGGGGUCCUGGGCCUCCCUCGGCUGUGGGACGGUACCGCCGCUGUAAAGCCGCAGGGGCGCCCGAGCCACGCCGCACUGCACCGAAGUGCUCACAACGGCUCCCUGAGCGGCGGGAGCGCCGAGAGCCAGCGGAAGCCAGAUGCGGGUGUCAACGCGUUUCAAGUCGGGCCGCGUCCCACAGGUAUCGAUCCUCCCGCCAAAGUUAAGCCGCCAAUCAAGUCCUCCAAGAACUUAACGGGAUCUUCAGCUCUUCAGUGGAGCACGCCGUCACGCAGCCGAAGGGAGCCCGGCGGGGGCGGGGAGGAGGGGGCCUCGGUGGCCCCCCCGCCGUCAGGGGUCCUCGUCUUCGACUACAGCCGCCCCGCCUACUUCCCCUGGAUGAGCACCAAGGACGAGUGCGCCAACUUCGCCACCAGGUUCCUACUAGGAGGCCGAGCGCCCCUUAUUGCCCUGGCUUCCUUCCCCGGCUCGGGCAACACCUGGCUUCGCUACGUGGUGGAGGUUCUGACGGGAGUCUUCACCGGGUCUGUCUAUCACGAUGAGGUGCUGGCGAUUAAAGGUUUUUGGGGCGAGCGCGACGGCUACCGCCAGGGCACCACGCUCAUGCAGAAGACCCACAGCUUCCCCCUUCUGCCGCACGAGGUGAAGGAUGGCAUCUACAACGGGCAGGAGUUCAGGUUCCUCCUCCCGAAGGGUCCCCGUCGGGCUGUGCUCCUUCUGAGGAACCCGUGGGAGUCCUUGGUCGCCCUCAGACACUUCCACGCGGCGGGGCACACGGGCUUCGGGAGCGGAAGUUACUUCAAAGGGGAAGGUUGGGCGAACUUCACCGUCGAGAGAGCAGAUUUCUGGGUGAAGCUCAACGCGGCGUGGCUCGCCCUCGCUGACACUGACCUGCACGUUAUUCACUACGAGCACUUGCAGCAUGACUUAGAGAAGGAGGCGGAGCGGCUCGUCCACUUCCUCGGGCUUCCCAUUGACUACGGGAGAGUUGAGUGCCUCGUUAGGUAUCCUGAAGGAAGGUUCCGUCGCCCGAAAUACCCGAAGCACCUCCAGGGCUACCGCUUCCCAAGCAGGACCGCCGAGGUUCUGAGGAAGGGCAUGGGUCACCUGGACAACCUCCUGAAGCGGGGAGGCCACCCAUCCUUCCCAACCCAUUUGUAUACCUUCACGCCCAUUGUAGCUGAUCCACCUUUGCCAGUGGGUGGGAGGUAGAAGGAAACCAUAAGUAUUUAUCAUAUCAAAUCAGUGAAGUGAUAAAAAAAAAUGUUGAUAAAAUUUUCUGAAUAAUUGGAGAAAAAAGUGAAGUGAUAAAAUGUGGAUCGGAUUUUAUGACUUAAAAAAAAAAAUGUCAGUAAUAAGAUGUGGAUCACAUUGUUUGGCUCUUUUUGAGGUUUCUUUGAAGGAACUGUUGAUAUAUCUCUUAGCAAACAUGUGAGUGUUUGUAUGUAUGCAUGUCUACUGUGUCUUUUUGUACCGUCAUAUAUAAAGGUCAAAGAAAUUUAGAA